CGACUUCAGACCGCGAAUCUUACAACAAGCAAAGGAAGAAUAAAAGGUGCGAGGUCCUACCAGUCCGUGAGUCCGUGUCUAGCCCGCACUUGUUGGACGGAGCGUAGUCCGCUGUGUACCGUCUCGUUCCCCUUUCUUUACGAUCAUUCCUAGGUUCAUCAUGGCCACGAUACAUUCAGCCGAUUCCGAUGGGAGGGGAGCUGGCGGAGGGUUUAGCAGACCGAAUGACCGGGUGCUUUCUUGUGUCAAUUGCCGGAAGAGGAAGAUUCGCUGUAACAGGGUCAUUCCUUGUGCUCACUGUCUCAAGAACGAUAUCAUCUGCAUUCCCUCGAAACCAGCACCCGCGAGAUCCAAAGUCAAGACUGCUGCUGCAGUCCUUCAAGAGCGCCUCACUAAAUGUGAAACAUUACUCCAAAAAUACGUGGCCGUUGAGGGGUAUUCCACUGGCGAGUCGCUGCAGACUAAUGGCGCCAAAGCGGGCAGCCAGAAUGAAAAUAGCCUGAGCGUGGGCGAGACUGUUAGUAUUCAGACAAGAGCACCUGUCGAUGGUGAGCUCUGGACGACUCUGAACGACCAGAUUCAGAAAAUGAGGGAGCUAAUUGAACAGGAUCUACCCGAGGGUCUCUUGUCAGAAGAGGUCGCAUCUCCUGACCCCUCCGAAUCCUCUUCACCCAGUUCUUCCAAAAGUGCGCCACUCGAUCCCGUCACUAUUUUCAAGCUCUGGCAGAUCUUCCUCGACCACGUCAACCCGCUCAUCAAAAUUAUCCACGCACCUACCAUGCAGCCUUUUAUCGUAUCCGCAGCUGCAGAUAUAAACUCGCUUCCCCUAGAUCAACAGGCGUUGCUGUAUAGUAUCUUUGGGUUGGCGGUACUUUCACUGAGAACUGAUGAAGUAACAAGUGUCAUGGGCGAUGGGAGAUCACGAGAGGUUGUACUGCAAGAGAUCUUGCAAAGCGCGAGCGUCGUGAUCGUGCGUUUUGAUUCGUUGAAACGGUAUAAUGUGGUUAUUCUCCAGGCACUGAUUCACAUUUCAAUCAUCUUGAUGGCCCAGUGCAACAAGCAUGCUUCGUGGAUUCUGUCAGGUUCCAUAAUAAGAAUUGCUAUGAGCAUGGGCUAUCAUCGCGAUGGCACGCAUUUCUCCCUGUCACCCUUCGAGACUGAGAUGCGUCGCCGCAUCUGGUGGCAGAUUGUCUUAUAUGAUAUCAAACUCGGCAUCGACAUUGGUUUGACGCAGAGCUAUAUUCCAAAAAGCUUCGAUACAAAACAGCCCCUCAACCUCAACGAUGCGGAUCUAUUUCGUGAUGCCACAAGUGAGUUGGUGUCUAGAGAUGGUCCUACAGAGAUGGCUUUCAUCUUGGUGAUGAAUCGUCUGACAGCAUAUCUUCUUGAUGAAGACGCGCGUCGAGCUGUUGAGUCGAACAUCUUGGGGCUUAAUGAAGGGAACGCUAUUCCCGCCAGCCUGGAACGCAACCGUGUCCUUAUUCAGGAACUUGAGGCUGAUCUUCUAGAUAUUGAGAAACGAUUUGUUGAUCUAAAGGCAAGCAACGUUCAUGCGGCAGCCCUGGGGAUUCGUCCUCAACUCAUCAAAAGAUUGUAUGACAUGAUGAAUCCUAUGCAGGAAUCGCCUGAUUGGGGCGUUCACAUCUUCUCCCCUCGGGACAACCUCUUCAAACUUAUCCUGCAGAGUUGCGAGAACGCGAGAGAUUCCUACGAUCUGAUGAAUAAAUGGGGCUUUUCUUGGUAUAUCCAUCUACACUUCAACCUUGACCUUAUUACCUCCCUCUCCACAUUUCUGUACCACAGUCCCACUGGUUCCUUGGCUGAUCGCGGCUGGGCUGUCUUCGAGUCCCUAUACGUCAGGAACUCCCUGUUACAUCACCUUACACCAAACCCUGCAACACAUUUUGUUCUGAAAGCUUUCGCCGAGAGAGAGCGCGCUUUAGCCGACUCUGGACAAUUCUUUGAGGUGCCUGAGAUCAUUCUAAACUUGAGGCAGAUUGUCAAGUCGCCCUUGGUGAUGCCCCCUGUCCUAACGAUCCCAGACCAGUGGACGGACUUUGGGACCGUGGCAGGUGUACCGACAGAUGCAACGCAAUUUAUGAACAUGUUCAUGCCGUUUCCUGGUGGGAGUGAAGAGAGUGAGGGUUAUAAUUUCUGGUCAGGUGUGUCCUGGAGUGCAGAUCUAGCACCUUGAUGUAAAUACUUUUAUAUCUCGGGAAAGAGUUAAGUCAACAACAACGUUAUAAGAGUAUCGUUAAUCAGAUUUAGACAAAGCGAGUGCUUAGACAACAGAAAUGAUUUAUGGGUUAAUCUCAAA